AUGCAUAGCCAACUGCUUUUCAUCAUACUUGCAUUUUGCUUGCAACUCAUUUAUUCAGCACCUGCACCGGUAGUGAUUACUGUUUGGGAAACUGUCACUUCGACUUCAAACACUGGUACGCCCACACCUGCAACAGCAGCAGCAGUUGUCUCAGCAGGGGCUAAUACUGUGGCUGCUCAAAAUGUUGCUGCUGCCAGUCCAAGUGCCACAUCCACAAGCACUUCCAACUUUUGGAGUAAUUUGUUAGGGGAUUUGAGAUCUUCUUCAUCAACUUCGUCAACAGCAGCAGCAGCUGCUGCUGCAUCAACUACACCUUCAGCUACAGCAUCCACUGGCACUAGCACUUUUUCCAGUUGGUUGAGUAGUUUAUUUUCCGGAAGCAGCAGCAGUGACACUACUUCUACCGCCUCAACGUCUUCUGGAUCAAGUGGAACUAGUUUUUGGGACAGAUUGAGUAGUUUGCUCUCUAGCGGUUCUUCAAGCUCAGCUAGCUCAGCAACUACUGCUUCGGGCGUGCUUUUGCAAUCGUCGGCUUAUUCGGCUUCUACUCCAACUUUGCAAGUUCUUACAUCAUCAGCCACUUCAGCAACAUACACGCCUUCUUUCACAUUGUCAUCUUCGUCUUCGUCGUCUUCUUCUUCUUUUACUUCCUCUUCCACCACUUCAUCAAGCACUUCCACUGGUGAUAUCUACGCUGAAAUUUCUCAAUGCAGCGACAUUGAUGAGUCAUUUGCAACCGCUAUUUUGGACGCCCACAACAAAGAUAGAGCUAUCCACCAAGUUGGUCCAUUGUCUUGGGAUGUCGACACUUAUAACUAUGCCAAAAAUAAUGCUGACAAUUACGAUUGUUCUGGUGUUUUGACCCACACGCAUGGCCAAUACGGUGAAAACUUGGCAGCUGGAUUCAAAGAUGGUCCAAGUGCUGUUGAAGCCUGGUAUGUCGAGAACGAGGACUAUAACUACAAUACAGCAAACACUUAUACACAUUUUACACAACUUGUAUGGAAAGCUUCAACCAAGGUUGGAUGUGCGUAUAAGGAUUGUAGAGCCGAAAACUGGGGUUUGUACAUUAUUUGUGAGUAUGAUCCUGCUGGAAACAUAAUUGGUGAAAAUAAGGAGAAUGUGUUCCCUGCAGCAUCCUAG